UUUAAAAGAGCUGCCUGCAGAACAGGGAGACAUUCAACCAAAGACAUUCAAUGAAAAACAUGAAGACUCUUAACAUAUGCCUUCUACUGAGCCUUGCUGUCACUGUUUACAGUGCACCGCUGCAACAAGCUUCUGUGCAAGAUGAGACGUUUGCAGAGGGCUACCUGAAGAAAUUCUUCAACCUGACAGAAGAGACCGGUCCAACUGUGAGAAGAGGAAUCAGCCCUCUCAACAAGAAGCUGGCUGAGAUGCAGAGAUUCUUUGGUCUUCAGAUCACCGGGUACAUCGAUGCAGACACCAUGGCCAUGAUGAAGAAGCCCCGCUGUGGUGUUCCUGAUACCAACAUCGGCCAGUUCUCCACCUUUGGAAACAACCUGAAGUGGCAGACAAACAGCCUCACAUACAGGAUUGAGAACUACACUCCAGACAUGUCUGUAGCAGAGGUCGAUGACUCCAUACAGAAAGCUCUGGAUGUUUGGGCCAAAGUCACUCCUCUGAGGUUCACAAGGAUCUACAGCGGCACCGCAGACAUCAUGAUCUCCUUUGGUGGCGGAUCUCAUGGUGAUUUGUACCCCUUUGAUGGUCCUGAUGGAACUCUGGCCCACGCCUUCGCCCCGUCCAACGGCAUCGGAGGAGACGCUCACUUUGACGAAGAUGAGACCUUCACCUUCCGCUCUCAGACAGGUUACGUCCUCUUCAUGGUGGCUGCCCAUGAGUUUGGUCACUCUCUGGGUUUGUCUCACUCUGAUGACCCCGGUGCUCUGAUGUACCCCGUGUACAGCUACAGAAACCCUGACACCUUCGUGCUGCCCCGCGAUGACGUCAAAGGAAUCCAGUCUCUCUAUGGUUCAAACACUGAUGAUGAUACCAACGAGCCUGGACCUGAGCCCCCCACCACCCCCGACGCCUGUGAUUCGACCAUGGUUCUGGACGCCGUUGCCACCCUGAGAGGAGAGAUGCUCUUCUUCAAAGACCGCUUCUUCUGGCGUAGCUACAUUCAGAGCCCGACCCCUCAGCAGACCCUCAUCACAAACUUCUGGCCAAACGCUCCCGUCAACAUCGACGCUGCCUAUGAAAGCAAAGUGUUGGACAGUGUCCUGCUCUUCAAAGGCCGUAGAGUUUGGGCUUUCAGCGGCUAUGAUCUUGUGCAAGGCUUCCCUAAGUCUAUCUCCAGCUUUGGCUUCCCUGAAAGUGUGGACAAAAUUGACGCAGCUUUUUAUGACGCUGAAUCUCGCAAGACUCUGUUCUUCGUCGGCAGCCAGUACUACAGCUAUGAUGAGGCCAAGAAGAGAAUGGACAAAGGCUUCCCCAAGAACGUGGAACAAACCUUCCCUGACGUGACCCGCCCGGUGACCGCAGCCUUCCAGUACAGAGGUUUCACCUACAUCUACAGUGGAUCUUACAUGUACGAGUACAGCCUGAGGACCGGCAGGUUGUACCGUGUGCUGAGGAACAGCUACUUCCUGCGCUGCAACAGACGUUAGACCAGUUUAGGUGUUUAUAAAACUUCUCUGAGCAGCAAUGAAGGCAUUGUUGUUGUUUAGUUAUAAUAUGUAUUUCAAAGCAACAUGGCUAUACAUUUACAGGUACUGGAUUUAUGUCCAUCCUGAGAACAGCACCUUACAUUUCUUAGUAUUUCUUUUUUAAGAGCAAGCUUUUUAACAAGUCUAUUACAAUUAAUUUAUGUUUCUAUUUAUGUGGUAAUCUUUGCUUAUUUAUUAAGCUCUUCACCUGACUGUUUGAAAUGUGUUUUAUGAAGUUUACCUGUUGACGUUGAAACAUGUUACAUUAAUAAUUUAACAUUGUUACAUUACAUGUCAAAUUGCACUGAAUUUCAACACCACUGAACAAGACGGAUGAAUGUAUGGUUGCAAAAUGGUACUCUUUUCUACUGAUUCAUUAAUAAAAGUUGUUUGAAAAUA